AUGGCGAAGUGCUUGAAGUUGCUCCCGCUAUUUGCUCUGUGUUUUCUCGCGCUGCUCGCCGGCGGGAACACCACAGCUUCCAGAACCAGGCCCAUAAACAGCACAUCAUCAAGACGCCGCCUUGGCUACCUAUACUGCUCCACCGGCAACCCCAUCGACGACUGCUGGCGCUGCGACUCUGACUGGCACCUCAACCGCAAGCGGCUAACAGACUGCGGCAUCGGCCGCAACGCCAUCGGAGGCCGCGACGGCCGCUACUACACCGUCACCGAUCCCAGCGAUGGCGACGCCGUGAACCCCCGGCCGGGGACUCUCCGUCACGCCGUGAUACAAAACGAACCUCUCUGGAUCGUCUUCAAGCGCGACAUGACCAUCACCCUCAAACAGGAACUAAUCAUGAACAGCUUCAAGACUAUCGACGGUCGCGGUGUCAGCGUCCACAUCGCCAAUGGCGCCUGCAUCACGAUUCAGUUCGUGACCAACAUUAUCAUUCAUGGCCUGCACAUUCAUGACUGUAAGCCGACGGGGAAUGCGAUGGUAAGGAGCUCGCCGACGCAUUAUGGAUGGAGGACGAUGGCCGACGGCGACGGCGUGUCGAUUUUCGGCGGGAGUCAUGUUUGGGUGGAUCACUGUUCCCUUUCCAACUGCGCCGAUGGGCUUAUUGAUGCCAUCAUCGGAUCCACCGCCAUUACUAUUUCUAAUAAUUAUUUCACGCAUCACAACGAGGUGAUGCUGCUCGGCCACAGCGAUUCGUACGGUAAAGAUAAAGUGAUGCAGGUGACAAUUGCUUUUGGCGAGGGGCUGAUUCAGCGAAAGCCGAGGUGCAGGCAUGGCUACUUCCACGUGGUCAACAAUGACUACACUCACUGGGAGAUGUACGCCAUUGGCGGCAGCGCAGAGCCGACCAUCAACAGCCAAGGAAACAGAUACCUUGCUCCGGCGAACCCAUUCGCCAAAGAAGUGACGAAGAGGGUGGUGAGGGAUCAAAGGGCAUGGAAGGGCUGGAACUGGAGGUCGGAAGGUGAUCUUCUUCUCAACGGCGCUUAUUUUACUCCGUCCGGAGCAGGGGCGGCGGCGAGCUAUGCAAGGGCGUCUAGCCUUGGAGCCAAGUCGUCUUCCAUGGUGGCCGCCAUCACCACCGCCGCCGGAGUUCUCUCUUGCCGCGAAGGAGCUAAGUGCUAGUCAGUACUAGCGAGAAAAUUGUCAACCUCUCCCAUGCUUUCAGUGAUACAUCUGAGCCGGGAAGCGGGCGAGGAGGAAGGCAUCUCCAUUGUUGCUCCAUUGUGUACUUGAUAAUUACAAUGAAUUUAUUGUUUUUUUAUUGCAGAGGUCGUAAGAAUAUUGUAUUUAUAUAAUUGUUAUUGCAUUUUUUAUUGGAAGAAUUACAUGCAUGCCCA